AUGAAAGAUCCCAACGUCGAAACUUACAUAAAGAAAUAUGGGUCACUAGCUCCAAAGAGAUAUCAAUGUUCAGAUAUCAAGAAAAUAACCAAUUCAUUUAGGGAGAAAUUGGGUGAAGGAGGGUUUUGCAGCGUCUACAAAGGAAAGCUCGAUGACGGUCGUCCCGUGGCUGUGAAGGUUCUCAAAACAGACAUAAGAAAAGGAAAUGGAGAAGAGUUCAUAAAUGAAGUCAUCAGUAUUAGCAGAACAUCACAUGUUAAUAUUGUUUCCCUUCUUGGAUAUUGUUAUACCACAAACAAGAAAGCCUUGAUGUUUGAAUUUAUGCCCAAAGGUUCUCUAGAAAAGUUCAUUCACAACAAAAAUAUUGCCACUGAAGGGCGCCUUACAUGGGGAAAAUUGCAUGAAAUUGCAGUAGGAAUAGCUCGAGGACUCGAGUACCUCCACCGGGGUUGCAACACAAGGAUUUUGCAUCUCGACGUAAAACCUCAUAAUGUACUUUUAGAUGAAAACUUUUGCCCCAAGAUCUUUGAUUUUGGACUUGCAAAACUAUGUCCAAAAGAGAGCAUUAUAUCUGUGUUGGAUGCUAGAGGGACAAUUGGAUAUAUUGCCCCAGAACUAUUUAGUAGGAACUUUGGGGGAGUUUUACACAAGGUCGAUGUGUAUAGUUUCGGAAUGAUGGUUUUAGAGAUGGUAGGAGGAAGAAAGAAUAUUGAUGAAUCUACAAAGGAUAGUAGUAAGCUAUAUUAUCCACAUUGGGUUUAUGACCGUUUACAGAAAGACAAUAACCUAGGAGUGCAUGGGGUAAUGUCGAGCCAAGAUAAUGAAAUAGCAAAAAAUAUGAUAAUAAUAGGGUUUUGGUGCAUACAGACUUACCCAGUACAAAGGCCAUCAAUGAAUGAAGUUCUGGUUAUGCUAGAAGGAAGUUUAGAUACCCUCAAAAUCCCACCUAAGCCUUUCAUAUAUACCCCUUGA